GCUCGCCGUGCCAAGGAGCUACGCUUUGGCCCGCCUUCUGAGUCUCAAGUCUUGAACUGGGUAGGAUUUGAUCACGUCGCAGGGUCUGUGGAAAUGCACGUUACACCUCUCCUAUAUGGUGCUUCGCAGGUCCAUGUGCAUGCAUCUGUUAUUUUGUCCGAUUCCGUUCACAUGCUUCGUCUGAUCGACGAAAAUUCCAUUGGUCUAGGUUUCGCACCAAACUUUCUGCUAGCCAAGCUCACUCGCGAUCUUGAAAAGCGUACUGAUCUUUCGGAUCUUUCGACCUAUCCUCCAUCAAGCGGAUCACCAGCGGAGGUGAAGCAGUGGUCUCGAAGACCGCACAAACCUUCGUUGCUACCAUGAAAAAGCUUAGCAAGAACCCCUCCGCAGUGUCUUUCAUAGUCUCUGCUGGAUUUGGAAUGACAGAAACUUGUGGUGGCUGCAUUUUUGUUCCAGUCGAUAUUUUUACAACCAAACCUGCUCGCGAGUUCCUUGACCUUGGACGUCCCGUUAUUGGUUGCGAAAUGCGCAUCGUUGACCCUGUCGAUGGCACUACUCCGCGCACAGAUGGCGAGAGCGGCGAGCUUCAGGUUCGCGGACCGAUGGUUUUUGUAUGCUACUACAAAAACCCCGAGGCUACGUCUUCCAGCUUUAUCGAGGGUGGCUGGUACCGCACUGGUGAUGUAGGCAUCAUCGAAGGUGGCUCUAUGCACCUUAUCGGUCGCAUCAAGGACACUGUCAUCAUCCAUGGUGUCACAUAUAGUAUCCCUGAGCUUGAAACCCAUCUCCAGACUUUGGAAGGCGUCACGCACUCCUUCCUUGCUGCUACUCCAUACCGUAUUCCCGGCCAGGAAACCGAAGGGUUCGUCAUUUUCUACUCGCCAUCUUUCGACCUCGAUGGAGCAGACACACCCAUCACGCACCGUGCUUUACGCGAUAUCUACGUCAAGAUGAUCACCCAGCCACCUCAAAUGAUCGUUCCCAUUCCUGUGAAGCAGAUGGAGAAGACAACCCUGGGGAAACUCUCCCGGUCUCGCCUCCUCAUCCUCCUUCAGAAAGGUGGGCUGGCGAAGCAUAUCGCCCGCGCUGACGAGCUUCUUAGCGAAGCACGCGGCGCUUCCUUUGUAGCACCCUCCACGAAAACGGAAAAGUAUCUUGCCAGGAUGUAUGCAGGUAUCCUCAACCUCGCAGACAACGAAGUACCGACGAGUACCAAAGCCUCAAAGCUUGACGCCACUAACAUUAUGACGCUGAAGGUACAACAAUUCAGAUGGUGA